AUGGCGAUGCGUUCCUCUGACGUAUUCUACGCCUACCGCCACACACCGCUGGUGCUGCGCAGCCGCCGACACGACAGUGGUGUGAACCAAUACGGCCUCAAGCCCGUCAGCGCCUACGACUUCAUCAAUCCAACAAAUCUCAUCAACUUUGGCCGCGGCACCUCCUUCGACAAUCUCGGCGUGCGCCGCUCCGGCCGCGGUGAGAUCGACUCCGCCCCCUCCCUCGCCGGGUCGCCGGUGUUCACGCAGGCCAAACUCGCGGGCCUCAGCGGGGCGGAGGAGCAACUCAGCAUGUGCCAGGCGGAGACGAUGGCCCUGCGGGUGUGCAUGGCGAAGGGCGGGCAGAGUGCGUGCGAGCGGGAGAGCCAUGCACUCGACACCUGUCUCUCGCGGGUGGGGCAUUUACGUCAGGCAAUGCGAUCCGCAUGUGAGGAGUUUAAUGAUUGGUUUAUUCAGAAUGUCUCCGAUAAUCACACAAAGCCGUUUCAGCACAGACCACAUGAUUGGAGGCACUUCUACGCACAGGAGAAACUUGUGCGGGAGCGGCAACAACAUGGACACGCGUAUGGACGACGACCAAAGCAAUUCUCAUUUGGAGCAAGAUAUGUGAAGACAGAGGGAUAUGGUAAACGUCCACGUCUGCCGUAUAAUAAAUAG